ACACACCAACACACACCCAAACAGAUGACAGAUGUUCCAAAAUACCACAGUAACAACAACAGAUGCAGGCUGGGAAAUGCCCUGUGAGAUCUCCCUUGCUUUAGUGUAAAGCAGCUUAAGGCUUUCAAGCAGACAUUGGCAAUGUGCAGUGAUCGUAAUUUAUGUACUGUGUAUGUUUUUACAGGAAUCAGGAAGAGCAAGAGUGAAGAAAAGGUGGCCUGUGAGCGAGAGGAGGUGUUAUUUUCCCUACAUGUUUCCUCAUUUGAAGUAGUGGUUUUUCCAGCGCUGCCUUUUCUGAACUUGUGUGUCUCUGUAGAUCAGCAUGACAGGGAGAAAGUUGAGGGAUUCAUGUGUGGGAGCUGCAGCUGGGAAUUUAGCCUGGAGUGAAACACAGUGAAAGGUCUGCAGCAAACAAAGGAGAGCAGAAGAGAAGAAAAGAAUGGCAGAGGAAUGAAGAAGAUCAAAGUUUGAUGCAGGGAUGACAUGACGCUAGGAACAGGAGGAGGAGAGAAGAAUACUUGAUGAGAAGAGGGAGGAGUGAAAGUGGAUUUUUGUGAAUGAGGAGGAGCAGAGACGGAAGAGAUGACAGAGCGAAGCUGAUGUCGCCUUCAUGGGAAAAUCGAGGAUGUCCAGAAAAAGGGCAAAGUCGACUCAGAUUAGAGCUGAAAUUUCCACACCAACACCUGUAGAUCUACAGUGCGCUGCCAGAAAAAUACGGAGAAAAGGCAGCCAGCUUACACAUGUGAAAACUGGACUUGAACCUGCAGUUGACCAAAUACAAACACGUGUGUUGCAUCAGAGUGGAUAAGCCAGCUGGAUAUGGUUUCAUUCAGAUCAGUUGUGAUAAGAAGUGCACUGUCUCCACCUCUUCCUGCUUUCAAGGACAUCUGCUUUAAGCCUCGGGGUUUCAGUCAGACACUCUUUCUUCAUUUCCUGCCAAGGGAGGAGGAGGAGGAGGAGGAGUAGAAGAAGAAGAAGUGAAGCUGGAAGGAACAGACUGAAACGCAGAGAUAGAAGGCAAGAAAAGAGGGAGGGAGGGAAAGAGAGGUAGACCUGAACCAGCCUCUGCCUGUGUGGGAGACUAGAGGCAGCCUUCAAGUGAUGCCUCUCACACUCUGGAGCAGCAGCACAUUGUGAUUUCUUCCCAUCCUCAGGACUUUCUCUGCUGUUUUUAUUCUUUUUUCAUUUUCAUUUUUUCUCCAACGAUGAGAAGGGAUCGUCUCUUCUUAGCUGCGACCCUCACCGCUGUCUUCUCUGCUGACCUUUACUUCAUCCUCCUGCCAAAGCUGAGGAGCAUCAGUCAGGGGUCAGGACACUCAUGCUCAUGUGGUCCCCACAACCUCAGCCUCCCCAGACAGGGGGGUCUCGCCACACCUCGGCUCAGCAACUGGACUUCAGUGCCACCUGAAGAGGGUGUUAUAUUGGAACCUGCUGAUGCUGGGGGGUCGAAACUGGAGAGGCUGUUUGCUGACCCUCUGUAUAACAUCCAGAUUCCAGUGGUAGGACCAGAGGAGAGGCUGCUGCAGGUAGAGCAGCUGAUGGAGUACUAUAGGAAGAAGGUGUCACGCUGGGAAAGACACAUGAAAAUCUACAGCGAAGCGGCAGCGAUAUCCAACAUCACUGUGACCGAACAUGAGGUGAGCUUUGACCCCGACGCCAGCUGGCUGAAAUUUCACCUGGGAAUCAACCGCUAUGCUCUGUACUCCCGAGACGACCCCGCCGUCCCACAACUUCUCAAAGACAUGCAGAAUAUGGCAGUCAUCAGUGCAGAUUACACUCAAGAUGAGAAAGCCCUGAAAGGAGCAUGUGACUGUUCUCAAGUGGUCAAACCCAGUGGACACCACCUGAAACUGGCUCUGAAGAUGCGCAACUUUGCUAAGGCCAUGUUCAAACCCAUGAGGCAGCAGAGGGACGUGGAGACCCCAGAAGACUUCUUCUACUUUGUUGAUUUCCAGAGACACAACGCAGAGAUCGCUGCCUUUCAUCUGGACAGGAUCCUGGACUUCCGGAGGGUUCCGCCAGUGGCCGGCAGGUUGGUGAACGUCUCAGGAGAAGUCCUCCAGGUCACCCACAACGAAGACCUACGAGCCGUGUUCUUCACUUCUCCUGCCAACAACACGUGUUUCUUCGCCAAGUGCCUGUACGUGUGCAAGACGGAGUACGCGGUGUGCGGGAGCCCCGACCUGCUGGAGGGCUCGCUGUCCGCCUACCUGCCCGGCCUCAGCAUCGCCCCCCGCAUCUCCAUCCCCAACCCGUGGAUACGCUCCUACACCUUCACCGGACGGGAAGAGUGGGAGGUGAACCCGUUCUACUGCGACACCAUAAAGCAGAUGUACCCCUACAACUCAGGCAACCGGCUCCUCAACAUCAUAGACAUGUCCAUCUUUGACUUCUUAAUAGGUAACAUGGACAGACACCACUAUGAAAUUUUUACCAAAUUUGGAGACGAAGGAUUCCUCCUCCACUUGGACAAUGCCAGAGGGUUUGGGAGACACUCUCAAGAUGAAAUGUCCAUCCUGGCUCCUCUGUCUCAGUGCUGCAUGAUAAAGCGCUCCACGCUGCUGAGGCUGCAGCUCCUGGUCCGACCCGAGUACAGGCUCAGCGACGUCAUGAGGGAGUCCCUGGACGCCGAUCCUUUACGGCCCAUCCUGACAGAGCCGCACCUUUCAGCGCUGGACCGCCGGUUGCAGAAGGUCCUGCGAGCGGUCCAGCGCUGCAUCCGGAGGCUGGGCGAGGAUGAGGUGAUCACCAAUGACUUUGUAAAAUCCACAACAGGACCUCAGACCACCACAGAGGGGAAGAAGGCCAGGUAACAGAGGACACAAGGGGGCGUGUCUCUGCGUUAUGGCUGCUCUUCAGUGAAGAAACAAACGAGGCUCAGAUGGUUUCAAUCGAAGGAACAAGCUGUAAACAGAAGAAGACUGUGAACACAUACAGGGCCUGGACGUGAACCAAAGGAGCCAUGCUUUAUUUUCUCCUUCCAGUUGUGGUCAUGAAUUCCCCUGAGGCUGCGUUUUAUGAUAAAGCUCUCACUUUUCAUGUGCACAUACAUCAGGGUGGAAACAUGUUUACAGAUUUAGACAGAAACCCUUUAAAAAGCAUCAGCAUAAUUCAAGACCAGCUGACAGAAGAAAAGAACAUCAAGGUCUACAGCACUGGUGUGUCAAACAUAUGGUCCACAGGCCAAAACCGGCCCACCGUAAGGUCUAAUCUGGCAAAUGGGAUGAAUUUGUGAGUUCAGGAGCCAAAUUCAGUCUUUUUCAAUCUCAAAUGGCUCAGAUCAG